AUCGUCCGAACACCUACAUGAGGGCCAGUAUGACGUAACAGCGGCUGACCUCGCUGGCACUUCUCCACAUUCACUACAAAAAGGUUAUCAACUUGGAGGAAGUGGUGGACAUAUUUUCCAAGAGAGAUGAUGCUGAAUGAGCGAUAGACAGGAAUACAUGGAUUCCGGGCACAAGCCAGUUUCAAAGAGAAGUAUUUCAUCCAGAGUCUUGACCACUUUAACUUCAACGCCAUGGGGAAUGGGACUUUCCUGCAGCGAUACCUAAUCACUGAUGAAUACUGGAAGGCUGGAUAUGGUCCCAUUUUUUUCUACACUGGCAAUGAAGGGGACAUCUGGGAAUUUGCCCUUAACACAGGAUUUCUUAUUGAAUUGGCUGCUCAGCAGGAUGCCUUGCUCAUAUUUGCCGAACAUAGGUACUACGGCAAAUCUCUCCCUUUCGGCAACAACUCCUUCAACCUUGACAAGAUUGGCCUGCUGACAGUGGAACAGGCAAUUGCAGAUUAUGCUGUCAUGAUCAGUAUGUUGAAACAUGAGCUGGCAGCCACAGAUUGCCCUGUCAUUGUUUUUGGUGGAAGUUAUGGCGGUAUGCUGUCUGUCUAUAUGAGAAUAAAGUAUCCAAACCUGGUGACUGGAGCUCUGGCUGCCAGUGCUCCCAUCCUGUCUGUUGCUGGGCUGGGGGACCCCGGACAGUUCUUUCGAGAUGUCACAAGUGAUUUUGAGAACAUUGUUCCUGAAUGCAGGGAUGCUGUAAAAGGAGCUUUCCAUCAGCUUAAAGAAUUAGGUGAACUGCAAGAUUACAUGAAAAUUCAGUCCGCAUUCACCCUUUGUAAGCGUCCAUCAUCUGCUCAGGACAUCCAGCAGCUAAAUGGGCUGCUUAGGAACGCAUUCACGCUGAUGGCAAUGUUGGACUAUCCUUACAGCACUCACUUCAUGGGCAACAUGCCUGCCAACCCUGUCAAGGUUGCUUGUGACACCAUGCUUCGUGGAGCUGACCUUUUGGCCAACUUGAGGGAUAGUGCAGGGAUUGUGUAUAACUCAAGUGGCGUGCUGACUUGUUUCGAUCUGAACAGCUUGUUUGUUAAGUGUGCUGAUCCCACUGGCUGCGGACUUGGCUUUAACAGCCUGGCGUGGGACUACCAGGCGUGCACAGAAAUAAAUCUCUGUUAUGAGAGCAACAACAUCACAGACAUGUUUCCUGCAAUGACCUUUUCCGAAACAGAACGCAUGGAAUACUGCUCCAAACGCUGGGGUGUGAUCCCGCGGCCAGACUGGCUCAAAAUUCAGUUUUGGGGGAAUGCUCUUUCCACAGCCAGCAACAUUAUCUUCUCCAACGGAGAUCUGGACCCAUGGGCAAAUGGAGGGGUGCGGAAGUCUUUGAGUUCAGCACUGAUAGCUAUCAACAUUUCUGGGGGCGCCCAUCAUCUAGAUUUAAGAGGGUCCAAUGAUGCUGAUCCAGCGUCAGUAAUCAAAGCCAGGAAGACUGAAGCGGACCUCAUCACAUACUGGGUGCAGACAGCAAGGACAAUGAGAAGCAAACAACAUUUGCUGUGAUGUGCUGAUGAUGGUUGUCUGAUUAUGUGUUUAAAUUCAAAAACAGUUUCAGUCAACACGGGGGGAAAAAAGGGAUUUGAAGGGACAUUUUAAAUGUACUGUCUCUGACCAAUGUUUGUGCAAUGGUUCUGGCUGAUUGUCCUUCUCUCAUAUUGUUUUUCUCCCAUAGCCAGCUCUCUAGUUUUCAUGUUGUUUUCACCUCUAAAGUCUGCACAUGCACAAUUUGAAAUUGAGCAUUGACAUUCAGUGUUAUUUUUCUUUUUGAUUUAAUGAGUAAAGUAAUAGAACACACACGGGCAACGAAACGGUCCUGUUCCUGUUCCAAUACUAUUGCUCACAGGAAAGGUGGAGACUUCCAGAUGUAAAUACCUGGAAAUAAAAUCGGAAAUGUUCUCUGCUUUCAUAUUCAUCUUUUGAUGUCAAACCCAAAGGUUUUCAGUCUACAGCAAAAAUUAAGAAACUGACCUCACUGUUCCAAUACUUGUGAAGGGUGUGUGGUGAGUGUGCUGCUGAGAUGUUUGCAGGAGGAGCUGAAUAGGGUUGUAUUUUUUGUAUACUGAAGGUCAGACGGAGGGGAAUGGAAAUUGAUUUCUGUGUAUUCUGGCAUAACUGUAAGCCUCACAUACAGUAAAUACUCCAACUUUGCAUAAUGAAGACUAAUUAUAAACUGAGAGAAAACAACAGUAGUCAGAGAUAAGUGGCUUGUGGCAAAACUGAGUUAGUUAGCAAACAACUACUUAGUCAACCGCUGAUGACAUCAUAGACUGCUUCCUGUUUGUAUGUAUUAGCAAACUAAUCAUAUGCUAAAAAAAUACAUUAAGAACACACUCAUGCAGUGUGACUUUCUCACACUUCUGAUUUAUGGAAGUAAGUAUUACUCCAGUUCGUGCUCUCCUCGGUGUGUGUGUUUUUUUUGUCCAAAGAUUGCAUUUUAAUUUCAAGGAUUUUGUGCAACAGGAGUCACCAUUGUGUUAACCAAAUGAAUGCUCAGGAAAUUAAGAAGAAAUAGGGCAGGAAUAGGACCUGUACGUCACCGAAAAGGGUGUUUUGCCCUGCGAGACUUGGAUAAAGGCAAAAGAUUUUCUUGUCAUCCGAAAAUUAUUUGUCCCACCACUCCUGGCUCCCACAUGUUCUGAGUGCUAAUGAUAUACACUUGUUUGACACUUGUUUUUCUCUCACAAACAUAUUUGGUCUGGUCAUAAAUGCUUUUGCUAAUGUGGAAUGUUGGUGUGUGCCACACCUGUUUGGUGAUUAGUGGGUGGACCGAACAUGACCUCUAAAGUCUGAGGUGGCCAGCACACACUCUUUUCAUGACUUGGCAUGUGCAGCAAUACUAAACCGACCAUAUUACCUUUUGUUGAAGCACACUUGUGUGCUUGGGCGCUUCGCUGGGGCGUGGCGUGAGGACGUGAGUCUGAGACUCCGGUUCCACAGUAAGCUUGCUUGUUGUUUCACCUUCAUUUGUGGCUUUAUGUCGAGGCUGACACAAACGCCUUGCUUUCAAAGACCCUUUAAAAGAUUCUGAAUGUCCAGCCUGAGAUUUCUUCCGACUCUCCCUCUCCUCCCACAAGUGCAUGCUGUCACUGGCAAAAAGAUUGGACACACCUGCGCUAGAAGGACUGUCUAGCUCAAGGGUGCCCAAAGUACGGCCCGGGGCCAUUUGUGGCCCGGGGCUGUGAUUUUAUCGGCCCGCAGCACAGUCUAAAAAUGUAAUUUAACAAGAAAAGUUAAAAAAAAAACAAAAAAAAAACGGAAAAGUCAAAAUAUUAAGAGUAGAGUUGUAAUCAAGCAAGAAAAAAAGCCAUAAUGUCACAUGAAUAAAGUAAUAGUAUGAGGAAAAAUUAAUUUUAGCAGCAUGAAGUUGAAAUAUUAAAGAAAGUCAAAAACAAUGAAUAAAGUUGUAAUUUUUAGAAGCUAGGUUGGGGAGAAAUUUAUAAAUAUGGAAUUUAGAAGUCAAAAUACUUGGAGAAGAAAGUUGAAAUAUUUGGAAAAACAAAAAAACAGCAGAAAUAGAAAAUAUCAAAAAUUUUACCAGAGUUAAAUUUUGCAACAAUGUUGAAAUAAAGAAAAAAAUACUUUUUUAAAUGAUAUAAAGUUAUAAUUAUGAGAAGAAAAUUUAAAAGAGGAAAACUGAAAUUAAAUAGUUGGGAAAUUAAAAAAUAGAAGACAUCAGAAAUGGGAAAAAAACAGCUGUAAUUUUAUGGGAAUAAAAUGAAAAUAUUACCAAAAAAAGUAAUAAUCAAAUGAACAAAAGUCGCAAUUUUACAAGAAUAAACUCAUUAUUAUGAAAAAAAAAUUUGGUAGCAAAAAAGCUGAAAUGCAUUAUUUUCUUGAGCUACAUAUGGCUUCUUAGCAUAUCUCCAUGUGUUGGUUUACAAAACGUCAAAACGUUAUCAACGUUGCCCUGGCAUCCUUUAAUUUUUCAGUAUGUGGCCCUCACUGAAAAAAGUCUGAACACCCCCAGUCUAGUUGGUUUCUCUUGAAAAUUUGGCAAAAUUUAGAGUACCAUAUCCAAAAUAUGUUACCACUAUAGAAUGACAGAGGACAAGUUUUGCCCCCUGAUUUGAUCACAGGGCAAUGUUGUGAAUGAUGAUCCUGUGUUGCAAUACAUAUACGGACAGUAUUUGUUUGUUGCUAGACUCCCUGGUCUGAGCUGCAGCCUCACACUUCAUUGAAAAUGUUGCCCUGUGAUCAAAUCAGUGGGCAAAUCUUGUCAUCCUACGAUGGUAACAUAUUUAGUUUGCCAAAUUGUAAACAAUCAUCAGAAGCUUGAAAUGGGCCGUGCAAACGAUAGAUUUUCCAGUGUGACGACAACUACGAGCGUGACAAACUGACUGGUGGAUUGUGCAACCUGUGACUUCUGUCUCAUUGAAAAAUGUGUGUUUGUGUACUUUCCCAUCUAUUUGUUACACUCACAGAAGAUUGACGUGGUUUGCCUCAUAUUUUUUCCAGACUUUACAAAGUGGACACAUGGGUCUUGCAUGUGUGGCAAAGGGGCAAAUGCUAAUUUGUUGAAGUCUCGUUAAGAUGACUUUAUUGCCAUUGAUAACAAAUUCACACUAAAAUCAGUUUCCCCAAAGCAACCAAGGUAAGUACUAGCUCACAACUAGCCAACAAUCAUCACAAGUUGGGAAAGUCAUGAUAAAAUCAGCAGUGACGAUAACACUACAACACCCUGAAUGUGUUUUGGUAAUUAGCAUUUCUAUUCUCAGGACACUGGAUGACAACUGGACUGUUGAGAUUGCCUGAGAAGACGUUGGAGCUCUCAUCUUAGCAGGCUUCAACAGUUCAUGCUCAAAGCCGAAAAGGGACAGCUCGUGAGAGGGAAUGAUACAGGAUUCCAGUGUUUAUUCUCAGAGGCAAACUCAAUCGGACUGGGGGCCAAAACUCAAAGGCAACUUUAGGUCGUGAGCCAAACAAACCCGAGUUCCUGCCUGAACGGUGCCGGGAUUGGAACAUACCAAUGAUGAUGCGGCAGCCAGUUCAGGUACAUUUUCAAGCUCGGACAAAUUGUGUUUUUAUGUGGACAUACCUUUUUUUUUUUAACUUCACUUUGUUUUUUGUUUUUUGUUUUUUUUUUCAUCAGAGUGGAGGAAAAUAUCCGUGUUCGUGUUCAUCUUUGUUCAUUCCUGCUAUGAAGUAUUUUCACUUUAUACUGAAAUACUACUUUUUGAUCGUCUCCAAGGCCAUGAAUGUAUCCUAACUGCUGAUUGGAUGAGCCAGUAAAAGAGCGGGGUAGACCAGUGCGGAUAUAUAUAGUACAUUUCAGUCAAGUCUUCAUCAACCACCUCCUCGUCUUUCUCAGCAUAAAUGCUACUGAAUUAUAUAUCAACACAAAACCCCCACAAUCCCCGGGAUUUGUAACCCGGAAGAGUUUGCAGCUGUGAAACGGGUGGAUUGCGUGUUUCCCAGCAUGCUUUGUUGUAGUUAAAUGAUCAUAUCAUAUCUUUUGGCUCUUUAUGGCCACCCUUAGCAGCAACAACUGCAAUCAAGCGUUUGUGGUAACUUGCAAUGAGUCUCUUACAGCGCUGGGGAGGAAUUUUGGCCCACUCAUCUUUGCAGAAUUGUUGUAAUUCAGCCACAUUGGAGGGUUUCCCGGCAUAAAGGUCAUGCCACAGCAUCUCAAUAGGAUCCAGGACUUUGACUAGGCCACUCCUAAGUCUUCAUUUUGAUUUUCUUCAGCCAGUCAGAGGUGGACUUGCUGGUGUGUUUUGGAUCAUUGUCCUGCUGCAGAACCCAAGUUGGUUUCAGUUUGAGGUCACCAACAGAUUUCUGGACAGCCUCCUUCAGGAUUUUUUGGUGGACAGCAGAAUUGAUGGUUCCAUUUCCAAGUCUUCCAGGUCCUGUCUGAUCAUUUUUCCAUGACUGCAUUUAUGUAGUUGUAUUUAUUUUUCCCUUUGUUUGCUAUGUCUGUGUGAAGCAUGGUUACUUACCAUUUUUGGUCAUAAAUUUAAAUUGAAAAUUAAAAAUUUUAAUUAAAUUGUGAGUGAAUGAAGUGACGUCGGCCUCGCACAUGCGCACAAUGUAUCGUGUUUCCAGGACAGAUCAAGUAGUGCCAACCGCCACCAGAGUAUGUUUUCUAUUCAUUACAGUGCGUCCCGUCCAAGUUAAAACACCA